GUGUUGGACAUUGCCCCUUUUUUUUAUCGUAAACUAUUCCCGAUUAUUCUACUGAUAUACAUAAACGCUAAAUUAGUGAAUUAUUCCGGUGUGAACUCGAAAGAAUAACGUGUUAAGCCUUUAAAGGUAUUUUAAGUACUCUCGAAAUGAGGCUGCUUUUAAAUCUCGCUAUAAAUUCGUGUAAACGUCUACCAUAUUUCAAUGCUAAUCUAUCACAUCAUACUCCAUGCUGGAGAAAAAUGGCGACCGAAGUUGAAAAAGCCCAAACUGCAGCUCCCUCAGAAGAUACUAUUUUCGGGAAGAUAUUGCGUAAAGAAAUACCUUGUAAUUUCAUUUACGAGGAUGAUCAGUGCGUUGCAUUUCAUGACAUUAACGGCCAAGCACCGGUGCAUUUCCUGGUGAUUCCACGAAAACCAAUUCCGCAACUUUCAACUGCCGAAGACGAGGACGAAGCUUUGCUGGGUCAUUUAAUGAUAGUUGCUCGUAAGGUAGCGAAGCAACAAGGUCUCAAUGACGGAUUUCGUUUAGUCAUCAACGAUGGCAAGCAUGGUGCACAAUCGAUCUAUCAUUUGCAUCUACAUGUUCUUGGUGGUCGUCAAAUGAAGUGGCCGCCUGGUUAAGGAAUUUCGUUUCUCUUAAUGUAUCUAAUAUCUAAUUAUAAUUUGGGAUUAUAAAAAGUAUCUAUUGUCAUGAUAAUAAUCUUUGAUGUAACAUUUUUCAUGUUCUUGAUGAAUAAAUAAUAUUAUGCCCUUGUCAGCUUUAA